AGCGGAAGUGGCGGCGAGGCGCUAAGAUGGCGUACCAGACCUUCCGGCAGGAGUACCUGCAGGUGCCGCCCGUUACGCGGGCCUACACCACGGCCUGCGUCCUCACCACCGCCGCCGUGCAAUUAGAGCUAAUCACUCCCUUCCAGCUGUAUUUCAACCCUGAAUUGAUAUUUAAACACUUUCAAGUGUGGCGUCUGAUCACAAACUACUUAUUCUUUGGACCAGUUGGCUUUAACUUUUUAUUUAACAUGAUCUUUUUGUACCGCUACUGCCGGAUGCUGGAGGAGGGCUCCUUCCGGGGCCGCACCGCAGACUUCGUCUUCAUGUUCCUCUUUGGAGGCCUUCUAAUGACCCUCUUUGGCCUGUUUGUGAACCUGGUGUUCCUGGGCCAGGCCUUCACCAUCAUGCUGGUGUACGUCUGGAGCCGCCGGAACCCCUACGUCCGCAUGAACUUCUUUGGCCUUCUCAUCUUCCAAGCCCCAUUCCUACCCUGGGUACUGAUGGGCUUCUCACUGCUCUUGGGGAACUCCAUCAUUGUGGAUCUCCUGGGUAUUGCUGUUGGGCACAUAUAUUUUUUCUUAGAGGAUGUCUUUCCCAAUCAGCCUGGUGGUGGAAGGCUCCUGAGAACACCAUCUGUCCUCAAAGCAAUAUUUGACACCCCAGCUGAUGACCCCAACUACAAUCCCUUGCCAGAGGAGCGACCAGGAGGGUUUCCAUGGGGAGAAGGUCAGCGCCUGGGGGGCUAACCACUGCCUGUGCCAACCCCCAGCCUCAGCUGGCAGGGACUGACCUGAGGGGAGCUCCAUCCUGGGAGCCCUCUGGCUCCCCACCGCAGCAAGGACACUUUUGACAGCUCUCUGGUUUUGAAUCCAAGCACUUUAUGGAGCAGCAGUCAAUCCAAGAUGCUUCCAAGAUGCUCCCAGUGGCUUUCCCACUCAGGGAAUUCUUUGAGCUGGCAAUGAAAAUACAAAUCCAGUGGAGCCAGAACCCUGAAACUGGAAAGCAUCUGCUGGCCCCUGCAGUUAGCAAGACCAUGAGCACUUGGGUCAAGUGAUUUCUAAAGCAAUGGUUUUCAAGUUAUUUGCUACAGGCAAACAGCUGAGAAACUGUGCAGGGAGAAGCCCAACUGUGGGGUUUCAACUCCUUGUUUUUUAUUCUUGGAUAAAACAACUACAAGAUGGUUGGAAGUCUCCAUUUCAAUGGCAGAGGAGUUUUUUAACCUUGAGAUGCUCUUGUCUCCAGUCUUCUGUGAGUGAUGAGAAAUACAACCUGCAGCACACUGCAGGUUUGCACUUUGCCAGGUCAGUGUCUGGGAUGUGCCUCUGUGUGAGUGUGCUGCAGGCUGAGAAUAGAUUUUGCUGCCUUUUGCCCCAAAGCCUGUGCUGAGGUGUCCAGGCCUGGGUCAGGUCAGCCCCUGCCCCCUCAGGCACACCUCUAAAGGUUAUUUCAUGACUCGGAGCACCAGGGAGGAGAACUGGUCUGGAGUCAGAGCUGCUCAAGGGUCUCAGCCAAUAAAAUGUCAGUUGGAGCC